UUCGGAGGAGGCCCCUCCAGCCACUCAGAACUUCAUCAUUCCCAAAAAGGAGAUUCACACAGUUCCAGACAUGGGGAAAUGGAAGCGUUCCCAGGCCUACGCUGACUACAUUGGAUUCAUCCUGACCCUCAACGAAGGCGUGAAAGGGAAGAAGCUGACCGUCACGCACAGAGUCUCUGAGGCCAUUGAGAAGCUGGUCGCUCUUCUCAACACCCUGGACAGGUGGAUUGACGAGACUCCUCCAGUGGACCAGCCCUCGCGAUUUGGAAACAAGGCCUAUAGGACCUGGUAUGCCAAACUCGACCAGGAAGCGGAAAACUUGGUGGCCACGGUGGUCCCCCCCCACCUGGCAGCUGCUGUGCCUGAGGUGGCCGUUUACCUAAAGGAGUCAGUGGGGAAUGCCACGCGCAUCGACUACGGCACAGGGCACGAGGCAGCCUUUGCUGCUUUCCUCUGCUGUCUCUGCAAGAUUGGGGUGCUCCGGGUGGAUGACCAGAUUGCUAUUGUCUUCAAGGUGUUCAACCGGUACCUGGAAGUGAUGCGGAAGCUCCAGAAGACAUACCGGAUGGAGCCGGCAGGCAGCCAGGGUGUGUGGGGCCUGGACGACUUCCAGUUCCUGCCCUUUAUCUGGGGCAGUUCCCAGCUGAUAGAUGAAGACUGGUCCGUUCGCGGAACACUCCAACCAGCUGUGGAACAUCAGCGCUGUCCCCUCCUGGUCCAAAGUGAACCAGGGUCUCGUCCGCAUGUACAAGGCCGAGUGCCUGGAGAAGUUCCCGGUGAUCCAGCACUUCAAGUUCGGGAGCUUGCUGCCCAUCCAUCCUGUCACCUCAGGCUAAGAGGCCCGCUCAAGCCACCGCCGCCCGCUGUUCCUGUGCUCACCCUCCCCCUGUUCUUUCUGUUUGAUGGGAGGCUGCUUACUAGGGUGGGCUGGGGGUGGAGGGAGCUGGGGCAGAGGGAGGGGAGGCCCAAGCAGGGGAAGUGACCAGAGUGUGGCCCGUGUCCUAGCCUUCCUGUGGUGGACGGUGAGCAGCGACGGGCUGUACUUGGGCCUGGGCGCCUCUCCUGGCCUGGCCUCUCCUCCCCUCGCUGCUGUCCAGCGUGGCCCGAACCCAGGGCUGCCCUGCCUCCGUCGCCCCUUCCGCAGCCGGGCCGGCUCGUGCUGGCCCUCUGGCUUCAAGCUAGCGGGUCGGGCAGGUGGUUGCCCUGGCCACC